GAUGGCUGUCGAUCAGAAGCUGGAGGAGCUGAUGGGAUUGCUUGGUGACUUUGGCCGGUACCAAGCAUUCCAAUUCGUGCUGCACCUGCUAGCCGCUGUAACCGCUGGUCUGCACAUGCUAUCCUUAGUGACAGUGGCUGCAGUUCCCGAACACCGUUGUUACGUAGACGCACUAGAUUCGGCUUCUGCAACUGCAAAUGGAACAAUCCUGCCCAGCUUCAGCCAACUGACCAGUUAUAUUCCGCUCAAUGCCGAUGGAGAGCUAGAGUCCUGCCUAAUGUACGAUCCGCUAGCUGCGGACAACGGUACAACAGUUUCUUGUAGCUCGUACGUGUACAACAACACCUACUACCAGUCAUCGCGUACAAUCGAAUGGAACCUGGUAUGUGAUAAGCGUUGGAUGGGUGCUCUCGGACAGACGAUCUACAUGCUGGGUGUGUUCACCGGUGCAGUAUGGUUGGGCGGAUUGGCCGAUAAGAUUGGUCGCAAGAAAGUGUUCUGCUGGUCGGCACUUAUGCAGCUGAUUUUGGGAGUGGCCGUUGCCUUCACGCCAGAGUUUAUCUCCUUCCUGGUGCUGCGCUACCUUUACGGAAUCUUUGGCAGUGCCGGCAGCUACAUUACAGGAUUCGUCUUAACGAUGGAACUGGUGGGACCGAGCAAACGAACGCCUUGCGGUAUCUCCUUCCAGGGCGCGUUUGCCGGUGGUAUCAUGCUCGUUGCGGCUUGGGGUGCGCUGAUUCCUGAUCGAAUGAUCCUGCAGGUUGUGUAUGGUUUGCAUGGUCUACUGCUGGUGGCGCACUGGUGGAUCAUGGACGAGUCUCCCCGUUGGCUGUGGAUGCAGGGUCGCAAACGGGAGGCAGUUAAUAUUGUGGACCGUGCUGUGCGUAUGAAUGGACGUGGUAUGAACGUCGACAAGGAGUACUACCUCGUGGAGGAUAAAACGACAUUCACCGAGGAAGCGGGAGCUACAUCAGCCGGUCUGGGCGAUCUGUUCAAAACACCUAAUCUUCGUAAAAUGACGCUGAACGUGUGUCUAUGUUGGUUUGCCAACUCGAUCACUUACUAUGGUCUUUCGCUAAGUGCAGGCAAACUAAGUGGCAAUCCGUUCCUCAUUUUGUUCCUGAUGGGUCUGGUAGAGUUUCCCAGCUACAUCUCAAUCAGCUACCUGCUCGACAAGCUUGGACGCCGUUCGAUCACCAGCUCGCUUAUGAUUGUUGGUGGAAUUUGCUGCAUUGUAGCAGCGUAUCUGACCCGCGGCAGCACCGAAUCGACAUCGAUAGUUAUGUUCGGUAAGCUGUUCAUCGCUGGUUCGUUUGCAGUCAUCUAUAACUACUCUGCCGAGCUGUUCCCAACCGUUGUGCGAAACUCUGCCAUGGGUCUCGGAUCGAUGUGCGCUCGUUUGGCUGGAGCAAUGACGCCCAUGAUCACGCUGCUCGAUUCAUUCGAUCCCAAGAUUCCAGCCGUAAUCUUUGGUGUGAUAUCGCUGGUGUCCGGCACAUGGGUGCUAUUUUUGCCCGAAACCAUGGGUAAACCGAUGCCGCAAAGCUUGAUGGAUGGUGAAAACUUCGGUCGCGGCGAUACCGCAUUCUCGAGCUGCAUGGGACGGAAUAAGACGCAUACAGAAGACUUUCCACCUCCACAGCAAAUGGUGCCGCUAAGGAAGAACAGUCGGUAAAA